AUGCGGGGCAAGGACGAUGAGUACGACUACCUCUUCAAAGUUGUGCUCAUCGGGGACUCUGGGGUGGGGAAGAGCAACCUGCUCUCACGCUUCACCCGCAAUGAGUUCAACCUGGAGAGCAAGAGCACCAUCGGCGUGGAGUUUGCCACGAGGAGCAUCCAGGUGGACAACAAGACGGUGAAGGCUCAGAUCUGGGACACGGCGGGGCAGGAGCGGUACCGGGCCAUCACCUCGGCGUACUACCGGGGGGCGGUGGGUGCUCUGCUCGUCUACGACAUCGCCAAGUACCUGACGUACGAGAACGCCGAGCGCUGGCUGAAGGAGCUGCAGGACCACGCCGAUGCCAACAUCGUCAUCAUGCUGGUGGAGAAGAACGGGCUGUCCUUCCUCGAGACGUCUGCUCUGGACUCCACCAAUGUGGAGACGGCUUUCCACAACAUCCUCUCGG